UUACAGUUCCAUGUCGAGUAGAAACUUUCCCCCAUCCUUUUGGAACAGCAAUUACGUUCAUCCCACCCCUGCGCCGACACACCAUCAGGUUUCCGAUCUGUACUCGACGGACGGGGGCUACUCGGCAGAUCCGUGGCACGCGGCGCACUACGGAUCGUACGCCCAUGCCGCGCACGCACACGCAGCCCAUGCGCACGCGUACCAUCACAACAUGGCGCAGUACGGCAGCUUACUGAGGUUACCACAGCAAUACGGACACACGUCCAGGCUACACCACGACCAACAGACGGCGCACGCGCUGGAAAGUGCCGCCGCUUAUUCUAGUUAUCCUACCAUGGCAGGUCUGGAGGCGCAGGUGCAAGAAUCGUCAAAGGAUCUGUACUGGUUUUAGAUAGACAUAGCGAAAUUACUCCCAAAUAUCCCCUCGGACACAGGCUUGCAGCAAUUUGGUUAAGAAACUUAACAUCACGCUACCACUGUUCAAUGGGUACAAAGCGACCGGAUUCACUGUUCACAAUUGGUUGCGUAUUUUAUUCGUUUCGUCGGAGUUUCAGUCCGGAAUACCUACGAUUUGAAGUCGGAAUGUAUGGUUUUCGAAAGCACUCUACCGAGAGAUGGUGGCCGGAUCACACACAAAAAAAACUAUGUAAAAGACAGCGCUACAAAUGAGCACAAAACACAAACAACAAAAACAGAACGAAAGCACUUGGAAGUGAUUUUAGUUUUAUGUAUUUCUUUUUAUUUAUAGAUCAGUGCACCUAGUUCGCGUUAUUUUUACUGUGUACAUAAAAUUCCAAUUCUAGUUAAGCGCUAUAGUUGUAAUCAAGCAUCCACAAAAUCAAUCACCUCUUUUGCAAAAAGGUAACUAAAGUACUUAAUACCGUUACGCAUCGAAACAGGUCUAAGAAAGGUAUAUUUUUCAACCUUGCACGGAAGUUUAAGAAAAAAUUGUAUAAACAAAACUCUUUAUAGACUGGAUAAAAAUUUUAAAAUAUAGUCCAAUGAAAUUGUUUCUCAUCUAUAUAUAAACGAUAUAUCGUGUACUCCUAUAACCGCAAGUGGUUUUUUACUUCCGUUGAAAUUGAUAUUAUGUCUGUAUAACGCCGCAAUGUUGACAAACUGCUCCAACCUGGCUUAAUUGACAACCACAGAAUUACUUUACAGUGACAACAGCAGAUCAUCUUAAACAAAACCAUACAUACACACAGCUAAGCACAAACAUUGAUGGCAAGAAAUUUAAACCGACGACACUACUCUGAACAAAAAAAAACAACAGGAACGAGGAUAUGUGCAUAUAUUAAAUUUAAAAUCGUAUAUUAUAUCGCAUCCCAGGCAGGGUAACUACAUUUUCAACGCAAUUUUCAUGUUAUGAAGUUUGUUUCUCGUUUGUAAGGCAAAAUACAGCCCCCCACAAUCAUGGGUCACACACAAUUAUUAGUCACCAAAUAUUUUAACAGCUGAUAUCUGCUGAACUGAAUGAAAUGUAAUCAUUUUAUAAUUUUUAUAUUAUCGAUAACAGUAUCUAAAUGCAUUGAAAAUAUUAUGUGUGCGCUUGGUAACAGUAAAACUGUUAUUUGAAUAGUUUUUAUGAUACGUUAACUAUUAUGUGUUGAACUAUCGCAUAAAAUUUCAAUGUUAUAAGGUUGACAUCUUAAACUGUUAUGCCCCUUAUGCGAGUAUUUCAAAGAUUCCAACAAAAUACAUUUUUCUCAUAUAAGCACAAAGGACGAGUUAACAUUUUUAAAAUGAAACUGAGCAAAUAAAAUGCAAAAUUGCAAUCAUAUUUAGAAAAAAAAAAAAAGGGACCCAUAAUUGUUACAGCACCCACCCAAUUCCACACAAUUAUGGGUCAUUUUUUAGCAAGCAAAACAAAACAUUUCUUGGUUGCUAUAGUAGGGUUACCAUACGUACUCUUUUAAGAGUACAUGUACUCUUUUUCGAUCGAAAAAUGGGCGUACUCUUCUUUUUGUGAAAUUUUACCAAAUGUACUCGUUUUUGUUGAAAGGCAUUUGAUCAGAAUAACCAACGUAUUUUUUUCCAUUUUAUGAAGUUGUUUCACAUCUCAUGCAAAAUCCAGGAAAGGAAUACAGCUCACAACAAAUAACUUUAACAUUUUGUUUUAAUAAACAUGCAUUUUUGUCGUUAUAAAAAGUGAGCGCGAUAAGCGCCUUUGAGUAUGCAAACAGUUAUCAGUAUGCACAAAAUUUAUGUAAUGUACAAGAAUAAUUUUUAAAGAUAAUUUGUAAUUGUCAUGUGAGUAUUUGAUUAAAUCGAAAUAUCUCGGUGCCACCUCAGAAAGCACGAAAUAUGUAGGGGAGAAUGAGGAUACUUAAUCCCUGGGGAUACUUGAUUCGCAACUAGAAUGUCUUACAAAGAUCAAAUGUUCUAGAAGAAUGUGCCAAAACGAGUAAAAUAACAAUGCUUCUAGUUAAAAAAAUUUUAACAAAAUAAUUGUUUGAGUGAUUGAACUUUGUUUGAAAAAUUUCACAAAAUGUAACUUGAAGAUCUUUUUUCAUCACUUUAAAAUGCUCCUUACAUGGAAAAAUUAUGAAAAAAAUAUUUGUUCCAAUAUAUCAAUCGUUCGAGCGUAAAAUGAACUUCAUAAUGCCAUAUUAUCAAAGCAAUGGAAAACUCUCAACUUUUUUCAGAAAAAGUUUUCUAAAAUGUUGAUUAUGGGUACAAUUGAUCCCCUAGAGUUGGGUAUAAUUGAUCCCCCUUCCAAACGGCAUAUUCUUCUUCUGAAUUGAUCGUUAUGAUUACUGAUAACGAAAUUACUAAUAUUUAUCCAAAAACUAAUAUUUAUCAAACAAUUGUCUGAAGAAAAGAGCAAAAAUAAUUGAUUUUCUCUUAAUUAUAAAAAAUAGCGCCUUUAAGUAUGCAAUGUUAACAGCGUUGAGACAAAGUUAUAGAAUUUUCUUCUUAUGUCUUCUAUAAAUUGUGAAAUGAGAACAAACAUGACCAAAAUAGUCAAUUAACAUUCUAUCUUGGGGUUUUGUUUGAUUUUUAUACAAGGAUUAGGGCUUCCUGAAUAAAAGAUUAAGUCUCCUUCAGUAGGGGAUCCAGUCUCCCCUAACUUCAGAAAAAUCGCAAUUUUUUUUCCUCCCACGAAAAUGCUUCUAGUUCAUCAACGGGUUCAAGUAUCGAUCUAAUUUUUGGAGCAUAGAAACAUGAAGUUACAAGCUGUCAGAAAAUGUCAAAGACAGCGAGUUGCUAAAUUUUUCCAGAAAGAAAUGGUGAAAAUAAGAAAAGGGGAUCAAGUAUCCACACUCUCCCCUACAGUAUAACCCCGGUCAUCAAAGUCUCUGCGUUAUCCGAGCCACCAUUCUUAUCCAAAGUCCAUAUAAAAUGUGAUUUAUCAUCGCGAUGUAUUCAUAAGCUGUUAAAUUGACGUCUAUGACAAGAUUAAAAUCUAAACUUGCCAGAGAAGUCGAUUAAAUAUAAAAUUGAUAUUCAUAUAAGAAUCGGGCUUUGCGCCUGGAUGAUAUGCAAUACCAGAGCAAAAGUGUUUGUCAAUUUAAUUCGUUUAAUUCACUUAUCCGAGGUGGUACCUUGCCCGACUAACUCGGGUAAGCGGGGUUCUACUGUACAACAUUUUGCAUACGAUCCGGGCGUAAUGCUCGAUAAUCUACGGAUCUUGAGUCAACCUGAUGGCUGUGAUAAUGCGGGAGCUCAGAAAACCAGAGCUCGGAUAAGCGAUGAAGUGAUUAUCUCAAUGUACUCUUUUUGGUAUCGCGGGAUAUGGUAACCCUACUAUAGCUCAACACAAAUGCGCCUUGAAUGUAUACUAGGAAUGAAUGCCCCUGAAUGUUUGCCAGAAUAUAGAUGAUUUCCAUGUUGAUAUUCGGGUGUUGCCAUGGACUUCUAUGUGACUAAUAAUUAUGAGCAGUUUGACUAAUAAUUGUGACGGGUUACAAUUUUGACUCAUGAUUGUGGUUUUGAAAAACGUUGAUUGUUUCGGUAAAUUAUGCUAUUUUGUAUUAAUUAUUUUUUAGAACGAGCCAACUGUAAUUCAUGGUGCUUCUCAGGAGUUUUUUUUAUAAACAAAAAUUUAAAUUUACACAGCAACCGAGAAACCAAGGUUUUUAGAAUUACAAGUUUCUCCGAGUUUUUAGUGCAGGCGAGGAGUAAGCGGGGCGCUCAAUGAGUUUGUUCACAAACAUAAGAUUAUUUGCUCAGCUUUUCUGAACCGUUUUUGAAAGAAAUCGGCUGACGGGAACCAAAGUUAUUGAUGAAAAACUGGUUUUUCAUGUUUCUCCUGCACAAAAUGUCUCAAAUCACAUACAAACUUCAGGCUCGUUGAGCGACCCCUUCCUGUGACCCAAUCUGGCCCAAAUUUGGCAUGAGAUGUUGUACUAGGACUAGGAUCAAUUUUAGCCUGCAGCGCAUAACUUUUCACAGGUUUUGGAUUUCCCAUACGAAUUUGGGGCAGUCUAAUAAACUCACGAUGUGGCAAACUACGCACAGAGUGGUAAAUUCCUGGAAGAAAAAUGGAAAUCCAACUACGUGGGUAUGUUUUACCCACUUUUUCUUACCAAACAUUGACAAUUUGUCGGUACAAGUUGUUGUUCAAUUGUUCGAUCAAAAAAGUCUGUUUGGUAAAAAUAACUUAUUAUUCGGUAAAAAUUACCAAAAUUCAACUCAACUUUUAAUUUCUAUUCAUUCCAAAUUUUUUUUUCAAGUAAUUGAUACUUAAAAAGUGUCAAUAAAAAAAGUGUUUCAGUGACUGAUGAAUCAUGCGAAAAAAUUAACCGAAGCAAAACAGCUACAACAAAGUUCAAUGAAUUAUCAUGUUCUACAAUAAUGUACAAUGAUGUAGCCCUCUAUCUUAUCAUUCUUAGGUAAUAAUUUUCGGAUCUCAGAAAUCUUCUGAACCACCUUCAAAAAUUCCAGUCAAAAUGACCAAUGUUGAUUGCUGAAAAGAUCAGCAAACUCAAUUGCUAGGAAACCCACGGUGUCUCUGGAAGAAAACUUUAUUUUUCGAAAAUUAGCAUCGCUAAUUUUUGCACCAUAUGAAAGCUGGGACUUUCCCCUGUCAUUUGAGCCCAAAUUUGAAAUGAUCCACCGGGGGGUCUAGAACAUUUUAUUUUUUUGAAGAUUUUUUAACCUUUUUAACAGUUUUUUCAUAGACAAAAUUAUACUAAUCACUGUGAAAAGCCUCGUCUUACCUUUAGCGUAAAUCUAACAUCAUAUGUCAAUAACAUGAUUUAAUAGGAAAUUCCCUGGCUAUAAUUUUGUAGAAGUCAUUAAAGUGAUACAAAUUGAGAGAAAAGAGUUGGAAUGUCAUAAACAGAGUGAUAAUUAUUUCAUUUGAAAAAUCUUAUAUACCUCUUACCACUGAUUGUACUAAGAAGACCAGAAAAAGUAUUCUACGAGCUUAGUUAUUGAUUGUAGAGUGUAUAAAUGUUUAAAACGGUUUAUUCACAUCAAAAAAUCAAUCUUUUACAUGAAAUUAAUCAGGAUUAUCUGAAGUUAUGAACAUUAGUAGGGUUUUAUUCUGGAAAAAAUGUCUCCUGCCUUUCUUGAAAAUUUAGUUAUUUAUAUAUUUGAGCUAAGUAAGUUUGAAUACUUUAUGAACAAACAUUUGAGACUAGGAAACUUAUUAGAUUUACUUCUAAUAAUUCCCCUGGAUUUCAAAAUCAAACAUCUUUGUUGAAAAUCUUUCAUCCUUUUUAAUGAUUUCUAAAAGUUUUGAUACUUUUCACUUUUGAUUGAUUGUAAAACCUUAGACACGAGCAUGAUAAAGUGUCAUUUAUAAAAUAUGUAAAAUAAAAAUCAACCUAUUGCUUAUGUUUGAUUGCAUAAAUUUGUGUUUUUGGAGCCAUUUGUUUAUGUAAAAAUGUGGUCGAAUUUAAGUUUUCAAGCACAAAUUCUAGAUUGUUCAUUUUUCUCAAAAGUACACGUCCUAAUGUCCUUCAUUGAUUUUUUUUUAUGAAAUAGGGAAAAAAAGACUACAAAAU